AUGGCGGAUGAUGAGCAGUCAUUUGAUGAUUUCGAGCAAAUUGAUUUCUUGCGAGAUAGACACAUACGUUUUUUUCAGAGAUGCCUUCAAGUUUUACCGGAGAGAUAUUCGUCUUUGGAGACAAGCAGGUUGACCAUAGUCUUCUUCGCCUUGUCUGGGUUGGAUGUGCUCGAUGCCCUCGAUGUGAUUGACAAGCCAAGCUUGAUCGAGUGGAUCUACUCUCUACAAGUUCUCCCCUGCGAGGACAAAUCCAAUCUUUCCCGAUGUGGCUUUCGAGGAUCCUCGCAGAUAGGGAUUCCAUACCAGACAAAGGGCCCUGGAUCCCCCCACCCCUACGACAGUGCGCACGUGGCCAUGACGUACACCGGGCUGGCCAGCCUCCUCAUCCUUGGGGACGACCUCAGUCGUGUGGACAAGAAGGCCUGCAUGGCCGGCCUCAGAGCACUGCAGCUAGAGGACGGCAGUUUCUACGCGGUGCCAGAGGGAAGUGAGAAUGACAUGCGCUUCAUCUACUGUGCGGCCUGCAUUUGCCACAUGCUCGACGACUGGUCCGGCAUGGACAUCAAGAAAGCCAUAGACUACAUCAGGAGAAGCAUGUCCUAUGACAAUGGCAUUGGGCAGGGAGCAGGCCUGGAGUCCCAUGGCGGCUCUACGUUCUGUGCGGUGGCGGCGCUGUGCCUGAUGGGUAAGCUGGAGGAGCUGUUCAGCCCGCGCGAGCUGGACCGCAUCCGCCGCUGGUGCAUCCUGCGCCAGCAGAACGGCUUCCACGGCCGCCCCAACAAGCCGGUCGACACAUGCUACUCCUUCUGGGUGGGCGCCACGCUGGAGCUCCUAGACGUGUUCAAGUACACCAACUUCGAAAAGAACCGCAACUACAUCCUCUCCACCCAGGACCGGCUGGUGGGGGGGUUUGCCAAAUGGCCCGACAGCCACCCAGAUCCGCUGCACGCCUACUUUGGGAUCUGUGGUCUGUCCCUGCUGGGCGAGGCCAACCUGCGGAGGGUGCACCCGGCCCUCAACAUCAGCCAGAGGGCCUUCGAGCACCUGCAGCAGCUGCAGCGGGCGUGGAGAGAGCCCUGCACAUGACACCCGGACACUCUCAAGCACACACACCACACAUACACACUCACACACAGACACACACACACACACACACAUAUACACACAAUACUCUGCCACCAGACCACCUGAACCUACAACAGCUGGUGCGGGCGUGAAGAGAGCCCUGCACAUGACACUCAGCCAUCCCACCACUCUGCUACUCUGCCACCACACUUCCUUCUCCUCCUCCUCCUCCUCCUCUUCCUCCUCUUCUUCCUCCUCCUGUACAGACUAAACCUCUUGGAGUCUGAUGCGCACACAUAAGACACACGUGACACCCUGCUACUCCACCAGACCUCCUCCUCCUCCUCCUGUAUGUACUUUACACCUCUUUGACUCUGACUCGCACAUACACAGUGGCUCACAUUCAUAUGGCCCUACCUUAUAUACAUAAUAUGAUGCAUACACAAACACACUAACACAUUAUACCACAUACAUACCUGCAACCAAGAUGCUCACAUUAACAGGCACAUACCCUCCCCGCCCCAUCUCCAUACAUAAACAUGAAUUCUGUGAAACCAUCCGAAUCGCUAAUGACAUGCGCACACUCUUCUCUGCCACCCCUACAUUCUCUCUCUCUGCCACCCCUACAUUCUCUCUUCUCUGCCACCCCUACAUUCUCUCUCUCUCCCAAUCAUACGUUCACACACAGACUGUCUCUCUCUGACGCACACACACACACACACACACACACACACACACACACACACACACACACACACACACACACACACACACACACACACACACACACACACCGUCUCUCUGAUACACGCACCCGCACAAACAUAUACAUAGACUUCUGAGACUCUGGUCUCGCCAUGUGCUGUGGGCUCAGACUUUCAUGUUGACCUGAGUUAACUUAGCAAUAGUGUCGGAGCGCUCGGCCCGACCCAACGGCUGGCUGGGGCUGUGGGGAGUAGGAUGCUGGGUAAAUGGGUGAAAGGGUGACGUGAAGAAGGGGAUGGGAUGGGGGCGUGCUCUAAUGAAUAAAUGAUCUGGGUCCUGCCUCAUGAAUUAUAAAGUGGAAUCUGUCAACUGUGGAAGCUCGGUCAGGGGACACGUCCCGACAGCAGUUGCGGUUGAAGCCUCUCCACCUCACGUGUUUUUGUCUGUGUUUGUGUUUGCUUGUUUGUUUUGCUGAGCCAGUGGGGUUAAUGUUUUUGCUUUUUCUGCUUUGCUUUGUGUUGUUUUGUCCAAUUUUUUUCCAUGAGAUUUUUUUUCACUCUGUUGCUAUUUUUCUGAAGUCUUUUGUUUGACUUGCUCGUUGCCUUUUUACGCGUCACUUUGUUUGCUUGUUUGCUUUCUUGCUUGUUUCGUUUUUCUGUUUCAAAGUUUUUUCCAAGUGCUAUCGCUCCGAGACAGCGACAGAAACUCGUAUCUGCCUCAGUCCAGGGGUCGUGACCUUUCUGACUGACAGCUGAAGGAGAGCUGCAUGUCACCCCUGUGCAGCAAGGGAUUGUUUAUAUUAUCCUCUUCCAACAACAACAACAACAACAACAACAACAAAACAAAAUGUCAAGACUGCAGCCAGUUGAGUUUUUAUAGCCGUCUUUAAAAAUCACCUGUUUUCCUUUAAAGAACCUUAAAAGACCUACUACCCAUGAGGUGUACAUAUGAUAAACAAAGGGUUUAUAUCCCUUUUAAAAAAUCAAAAAAAAAAAAAAUAAGAUUGGGGCCCAAGUUUAUCACCAUUUUAUAAUCGCCGGUAUUCAUUUAAAGAACCUUAAACUAAACUUAAAGAGAACAAAAACCCACAAGGGGUGUGUGUAUGUAUAUGAUCCCCUAGUAUCCACACCAUUGGACAACAUGUGACUCUUAACUGCAGUUUACUGUAUUUGUAUCGUAUUCCUCCGAGGGCUUUCUUUAGAAGCUGUUGUUGUCCGAGGGGCUAGCUGACGCUGCAAUGCGGCCCCAAGCUGAAACGUGCUAGCCUGUAUACUGUAUACUGUACCGCACCCACACAUUGCCUAUUAGCCUCUUGCUCUGUGCUGAAUUGUGCCAUGGACAGCAUAAACUGUGCACUGGGCCCUAACAUACGCAGGGCUCACAGUACAGUAGUCUGCCUCUGAUGCUCUCAAGAGUUGGCAUCUCUUUUGAGGUAAAAUAUGAAUAUAUAAAUAUAAAUAAAAAUAAAGACUUUGUGAAUGUUUGCUCUGAAGUGGAACAAAACAUAAAUACUAAUAAUUAUAGUGAAAUGAAAUUUAUUUUUUCUAUCCUUUGUAGACAUAUUAAUUGUAGAUAUUAAUCGUUAUGUCACCUUUUUUUUUUUUAAAGAAAAAUUGCUCAGUGCUAAUGGCAAUCUGAUGGUGUGAUGUGAUGAAAUGCAGGAGAAUGGAGACGAUGUGAUGUGAACUUGAAAUGAACAAAUUAACGUUUUAUGUUUCAUUUGUUAGAGGAACAAAUUUCAUUUAUGGCAUUGCUGAUGAGACUGAAGAACAUGUUGAAUGGAAAUAAAUAUGGUUCCUAA